AAACACAAACGGUUCUUGAACAGACCAAAUGGUGUGACAUGUGAUAAGUUUAUAUACACCACACUUGUUCUCCAUUUUCACUUGAACAAACCAAAUCUCAGAGAAAUGGCGGAAAAAACAGAGCUAAUCUUCAUCCCAGUUCCAUCCACAGGCCACCUCCUCGUCAACAUCGAGUUCGCCAAGCGUCUAAUCAAUUUCGACCGUCGGAUCAACACCAUCACCAUCCUCCAAUUACACUCCCCAACCAGCCCAAACGCAGCCGUUUUCGCCAAAUCUCUCGUCGCUUCACAUCCCCAGAUCCGCCUCCACGACCUCCCCGUUCUCGACGAUCCUCCGCCGUUGGAUCUCUUCUACAGAGCUCCCGAAGCGUACAUAGUCCAAAUCAUCAAAAGAACCACUCCUCUCAUCAAAGAAGCAGUCUCCACCAUCCUCGAGUCUCGCACUAACUCUCGUGUAGCCGCUUUGGUUCUUGAUUUCUUCUGUAACUCGUUGAUCAAAGACGUCGGCGACGAGCUUCACCUCCCUUCGUACAUAUUCUUAACCUGUAACGCUAGAUACUUGAGUAUGAUGAAGUAUCUCCCCGAUCGGCAUCGGAGAGUCGCGUCGAAGCUCGAUUGGAGCUCCGGCGAUGAGGAGUUGGAGAUUCCGGGAUUUAUCAACCCUAUUCCGGCGAAGUUUCUGCCGUCCGGUUUGUUUAAGGAAGAAGCUUACGAGGCGUACGUUGAUCUAUCGCCGAGAUUUGGAGAUGCGAAGGGUAUUUUGGUAAAUUCGGUGGCGGAGAUUGAGGAUUACACGUUUGGGUAUUUCUCUCAGCAGCGGGAGGAGGAUUAUCCUCCGGUUUACCCGGUCGGACCGAUUCUCAGCUUGGAGGAUAGAGCGAGUCCUAACGAGGAGGAGAGAGAUAGGAUCGUGAGGUGGCUCGAGGAGCAGCCGGAGUGUUCUGUGGUGUUUCUUUGCUUUGGGAGUAGAGGAAGCGUUGAUGAGGUUCAGGUGAAGGAGAUAGCUCAGGCGCUUGAGGUCGUCGGGUGUAGGUUUCUAUGGUCGAUUCGGACAGGGCCUGUAGAGACGAGUGAUCCGACGGGUGUGUUGCCGGAGGGGUUCAUGGGGCGAGUGGCGGGUAAGGGGUUGGUUUGUGGUUGGGCUCCGCAAGUGGAAGUGCUGGAACAUAAGGCGAUUGGUGGGUUUGUGUCUCAUUGUGGUUGGAACUCUACGCUUGAGAGCUUGUGGUUUGGUGUUCCUGUCGCCACGUGGCCGAUGUAUGCUGAGCAGCAGCUGAACGCGUUCACGUUGGUGAAGGAGUUGGGGUUGGCUGUGGAUCUGCGGAUGGAUUACGUGUCUGGUCGUGGGGGGUUAGUGACUUGUGACGAGAUCGCAAGAGCCGUCAGGGAUUUGAUGGAUGAUGGGGAAGGGAGGAGGGUGAAGGUGAAGGAGAUGUCUGAUGCGGCGAGGAAGGCUGUGAUGGAUGGAGGAUCGUCUUCUGUGGCGACGGCUAGGUUCAUUGAUGAAUUGGUGGAGGAUGGUGCAGGCUAAUGGAAGUGCAAUUCAACAUGUUUGGUUAUCUAAUCUCUGAUCUUGUUUUGUUUCGCCAAUUAAGAAACUUGUAAAACGAUCAUUAUGGCUUUAAACGGUAUGGCAGUGUCUAAUUAAUAUUUGAUGCAAAUCGGUUUAAGUUAAUAGCAUAGAAUUGUGGAUGUAA